AUGAAUAGUCAAAUAUCCAGAUUAGCAAAUCUUGACCACGUGUUCAUUUUGGAACUAUUGGGAUCAUGCUUUGCCGGUAAAUUCUUCCUCACCGUUAAGUUCAAAUUAAAAGUACCAUGGAAGGAUAUACUUAAAUGCGAUCCAUUUUGGGCUAUAUUUGUUAGUACUCUUGGCCAAGCAUGGGGAUUUCAAACGAUAAUUACUGAAAUUCCAAAUUAUAUAAAUAAAGUAAUGAAAUGUGAUAUCAAAUCCAAUGGAUUGUUAUCCGCUGCAACGUAUUUGGCCUGUUUUUUGUUGCUGAUUGGAUUUGGUUCUACAGCAGACUCGAUUAUUAACAGCAAAAUAACAACAAAUAAUAACUGUUCUAACAACCAGAAAAAUAUUCACAGCAGCCGUUUUAUUUCCGCGGCUGCAUUACUAGUACAAAGUUAUUUACCAGAUGAUACUAUAGUUUGGUCAGUUAUAAUGUUAGUGACAGCUGUAGGAGUACAAGCUGCCGCGGUUGGAGGAUUUGAAGUAAAUCAUCUUGAUCUAUCCCCUAAUUACGCUGGUAUAAUUUUGGGCAUUUGUAAUACAUUUGGAGAAACUUUAUCAAUAUUUGGUCUAACUGCUAUUCAUCUCAUCGUUACUGAAGAAGUAAGUAAAAAAUAA